GAGGCCAGACACCCAGCUCCACCAUGAAGAUGACAGGAGUCUUUUUACUCCUCACUCUGGCAGUUUUCUGCUUCUCCAGUGCUGCCAGUCAAAAUGGGAGUCAGGUUGACUGCAGUGAAUUUAAGAAUGUAGAGAGAGGUAGAGAGACCUACUGUGCAAAGAUCUAUCAACCUCAUUGUGGCUCUGAUGGCAAAACCUAUACAAACAAGUGUUCCUUUUGUGCAGCAGUCACGAAAAGUAAUGGGACACUGCGUCUGAAGAAAACUGGUGAAUGUUGAAUGAAUCCCCAUUGUAACUGAGUCUGAAAGUCCUGAUUACACUAUCUGUAUCCAUUAUCAGUUUGGAUCAUAUCACUGUCUCUUCAGUUUACUUUAUUAAACAAGCA